CCGCGUCGUAGAGCCAUGGCUUGUUCUUGUGCACACGGGGUGGUGUUCGACGCCAACCUGCUCCGGAACAGCGCGCUGGAGGACGGGCUCGCCGGGUGGGCGCCGCUGGGCGCGUGCACCAAGCUGUCGGCGCACGACGAGGAGCCGGCCAAUGUGCCCACCGAGACCAUCAACGACGUCGCCGACGACUACAAGCCGAGCGGCCGGUACAUUCUGGCGACUGGCCGCGCCUGCGAGGAGGAUGGACUCUGCCAGGUGAUCCCCGGCGGCGCGCUCAUGCCUCGUAUCACGUACCGGGUGGCCGGGUGGAUCAGCCUCGGCGACGGCAUGGCCAAGGCGGAGGGCGCCGGGGACGCCGUGGUGCGCAUCAACAUUCGCCUGGGCGGCGACGGGGGAGAAGGCGUGGAGGAGGAGAAAUGCCUGGUGGUCGAGGGCGGCGUCGUGUGCGCCGAGGCGGGGAAGUGGACGGAGAUCAAGGGCGUGUUCCGGCUGAAGGCAAGCCCGGUGUUAUCCGGCGCCGCGGCGGUGCACGUCCAGGGCGCGCCCGCCGGCGUCGACGUCAAGGUGAUGGACCUCCAGGUCUUCGCCGUCGAUCGCAAGGCCCGGUUCAAGAAGCUCAAGAAGAAGACUGACAAGGUGCGAAGGCGUGACGUGGUGCUGAAGUUUGCCGACGCCGGAGCAUCAUCUGCCGUCUCCGGCGCGUCAAUUCGGGUGAUGCAGAUGGACCAGAGCUUCGCGUUCGGCGCGUGCAUCAACCCGGCGGUGAUCCAGGACCCCAACUUCGUGGACUUCUUCACCAAGCACUUCGACUGGGCGGUGUUCGAGAACGAGCUCAAGUGGUACCACACGGAGGCCGUCCAGGGCCAGCUCAACUACGCCGACACCGACGCGCUGCUCGACUUCUGCGACCGCUACGGCAAGCCCGUGCGCGGCCACUGCAUCUUCUGGGCAGUCGACAACAUGGUGCAGAAGUGGGUCAAGGCGCUCGACAACGACCAGCUCACCGCCGCCGUGCAGGGCCGCCUCACCAGCCUCCUCACUCGCUACACCGGCAGGUUCCCGCACUACGACGUCAACAACGAGAUGCUCCACGGAAGCUUCUUCCAGGACAAGCUCGGUGAAGACGUCAACGCCUUCAUGUUCAAGGAGACGGCGAGGAUCGACCCUGGCGCCGCCCUGUUCGUCAACGACUACAAUGUCGAGGGCGGCAAUGAUCCCAACGCCACACCGGAGAAGUACAUCGCGCAGAUCAACGCACUGCAGGAGAAGGGCGCGCCGGUGGGCGGCAUUGGGCUGCAGGGGCACGUGACGAACCCGGUCGGGGAGAUCAUCUGCGACGCGCUCGACAAGCUCGCCACCACCGACCUCCCCAUCUGGCUCACCGAGCUCGACGCAUGCGAGACCGACUUGGACCUCCGCGCCGACGACUACGAGGUGGUGCUCCGGGAGGCGUACGCGCACCCGGCCGUGGAGGGGGUGGUGUUCUGGGGGUUUAUGCAGGGACACAUGUGGCGCCAGGACGCCUGCCUCGUCAACUCCGACGGCACUGUCAACUGCGCCGGCGAGAGGUUCAUAAAUCUUCGACGGGAGUGGACGUCUCACGCGCGCGGGAAGAUCGACAGUGACGGAAACUUCAAAUUCAGAGGGUACCAUGGCUCGUACAUCGUGCAGCUCGCGACGGCGACAGGGAAGAUGCACAAGACGUUCAGCGUCGAGAAGGGGGACACGCCUCUCGUGCUGGAUAUGGAUGUGUGACGACGGUUAAUGUUGUUACCUCACAUAUAUAGUUCAUACUGAUAAAUACACACACACUCACUAAAUUUUAACCAAUGAAUUUGGGAAAGGUAUUGUACUGCCACAUAUAGCAAUUAUAGUUUUACAUUUCCACAUAUGGGUAUAUAUUGGACUACGAGAAAAAAAAGGUAAUUAUGGUAUUGUAUUGUAUUGGUUAAUUAAAUGUAACGGGGAUGAAUGAAUAA